AAGAAGAAGAAGACGUGCUGUUCAAGGGAGCACGCGAAGAAGAAGCAAAUUCGCCUGAACAUGGCUUGUCCCGGUGGCUGUGACCAUUAUGUUCGCAACUGUUUGCUGAAAGCGCCUUGCUGUGGCAGACUGUAUGUGUGUCGACUGUGCCACGACGCAGAGGAGAACCACCAGAUGGAUCGCUUUAAAGUCAGAGAGGUGCAGUGCUGUGAAUGUCAAACCUUACAGCAGGCACAGCAGACCUGUCAGSAGUGUCACGUCCAGUUUGGGGAGUAUUACUGCCAUAUUUGUCACUUGUUUGACAAGGAUCGGAAGCAGUACCACUGUCAUUCUUGUGGAAUAUGCAGGAUCGGGCCCAGGGAGAAGUACUUYCACUGUGAGAAGUGUAAUUUGUGUUUAGCCCAGGAGCUGCGAGGAAACCACAAGUGUGUUGAAAACGUAUCCAGACAAAACUGCCCAGUGUGCAUGGAGGAUAUUCACACAUCCAGAAUUAGCGCUCAUGUUUUCCCAUGUGGCCAUCUUUUACACAAGAGCUGCUUUGAUGACAUGGUUCACACAGGAGUGUAUCGCUGCCCUCUCUGUAUGCACUCUGCUUUCAACAUGAAGGACCAGUGGGACGAGAUGGACAAGGAGAUCGCUCAGACACCGAUGCCCACUGAAUACAAGGGAACUACUGUCAAAGUUAUUUGUAAUGACUGCCAAACCCACUGCACCGUGCCUUUUCAUGUGUUGGGGAUGAAGUGCGCUGACUGUGGCUCCUACAACACGGCACAGGAUGGAGGACUCAUCCAGCAGCAGCCGGAGCAGCACACGGAAAACGAGCCAGAGCAGCAGGAUGAGCACGAGUCUCCCUUUCAACAGUAGAAGACAAAAUGAAUGACAAAGAUGUCUAACAUUUGAUUGGUGCACUUAAUUGUAUUGAUAUAAAUUUAAUCAUAGACUGAGCUAGUCUCAUUGUAAUUUAUAGAAGAAAUAUAUUUGUGCAUGUGUUUUGGCUUUAUAGGAAUGUAUGGGAAUGCAGUAAAGACUACAUAUGGA